CGUUCGUCCCGUUCUACGCGAAAGCGCAACGCAAACUUCCCGCUGCCAGUGGCUGAGGCCCAAGAGCCAAAAGCCGCCCCUUCGCGGUCGGAGGCGGAAGCUCGCGGCGCUGGGCCGGCAGCCGGGCUUGGCUGGACCCGCGAGCCCCCGAGGGCCUGGCCACCAUGCCGCGCACAGGCCGGUGGGGAGGAGGCCGGCAGUGCCGGAGUCACCGACGCCCCGGGGGUGCCACGGAGUUGAUUAUGGAAGAGUCCCACAAGAAUAACACUUCAGAGACUUCAACUCAACCUGCUUCAACAGUUCAGGGAGCUUAUAUUUCUCAUAUUGCUCAGCAGAUAUCAUUAAGAGGACCUGCGCCAGUGACAGUUGUACCUCUUCCUGGAGAGCAACUACAGGUUCAGGGGGUCAUCCAGACAGCUCAGUCUUCUGUAAUUCACCCAUCUCAUGUGCAGACGGUUUCGUCUUUAUCAGAAAGUGAAGAGUCUCAGGACUCAUCUGACAGCAUAGGCUCCUCACAGAAAGCUCACGGGAUCCUAGCACGCCGUCCAUCUUACAGAAAAAUUUUGAAAGACCUGUCUUCUGAAGAUACACGGAGCAGAAAAGGAGACGGAGAAAACCCCGGAGUUCCUGCUGUCACAUCUAUGUCUGUUCCAACUCCCAUCUAUCAGACUAGCAGUGGACAGUACAUUGCCAUUGCCCCAAAUGGAGCCUUACAGUUGGCCAGCCCAGGAACAGAUGGUGUGCAGGGACUUCAUACAUUAACCAGGACCAAUUCAGGCAGUACUCAGCAAGGUACAAUUCUCCAGUAUGCACAGACCUCUGAUGGACAGCAAAUACUUGUGCCCAGCAACCAGGUGGUUGUACAAACUGCAUCAGGAGAUAUGCAAACAUAUCAGAUCCGUACCACGCCUUCAGCUACUUCACUGCCACAAACUGUGGUGAUGACAUCUCCGGUAACUCUUACAUCUCAGACAACUAAGACAGAUGACCCCCAACUGAAGAGAGAAAUAAGGCUGAUGAAAAAUAGAGAAGCUGCUCGAGAAUGUCGUAGAAAGAAGAAAGAAUAUGUGAAAUGCCUGGAAAAUCGAGUUGCAGUCCUGGAAAAUCAAAAUAAAACUCUAAUAGAAGAGUUAAAAACUUUGAAGGAUCUUUAUUCUCAUAAAAGUGUUUGAUUCUUUAAAAAGAAUAUUUUUGUGGACUUCUCCAAAAAGUCAGAUGGAUUUCUUUGUAGUGGAGUUUUAUAAAUUAAAAGGUCAGAAAUGAAGCUAAUUUUUAUAUAGGCUUUUGCAACUCAAAGAUGAAUGUCUUCUCCAAGAGAUUUGGUGACAGAGGAUACAAUGGAAAGUGACAUCAAGGAAGCUACUGGCACAACUGGAAGCUUUGUAAAAAUUAAACAUGAGAAGCAAGAAAUAAACUUCAGCAGUGUGAACAUUCUAACUAGUCAUCAGUCCAAAAAUGGCAGAGAAGUCAUCAAUCCAAAUUCAGUAAAUAGAACUUUUAAAAAUAAAUCAGUUUCCCCUAUAGGUUUGCAUUUCUGUUUUUCUGAAAUUUACCUUUUUCAGGGGUGUGUGUGUGUUAUUUCUACCAAUAAAUUCUAAAUUACAAAUUAAAAGAAAACCUGAUACAUUAUGAAAUAUAUAAAUUUUGUGUUCUGAUUAUGUAUACUUAUUUUAAUGUCAGAUCUUCUAAAUGGGUUAAGAGUCUGUUGGACUUGAGGUGAUUUUUUUGAGACUGGGUUAACUAUUUUUGAGGUCUUGUCCUAAGAGGAAUCUAAGGUACACAAAAGGAGUGUGGUGAUUUUGUAACAUUUUUUUAUCAGAAUGAAAAGAGAACUAUUUAAACGUUUGAUACUUUUAAAUAGUUUGGUUUUAGCUUACUCUGGUAAGGGUAAUUUUUUUUUUACAAAAACAUAAUAAAUUGGUUUUUUGAUUCUAUAUCCUAUAUGCAGUUAAAUAUCCAUUACUUAUUCUGUUGUGCUUUAACAGGAUGAAAUGUUUACAGGCCCUUAAAAUACUUUUUAAAAACCUUCUCAAGCUUGCAUACCAAAGGUUUUCCAAGAGGACUUUAUAGUCAAUUUAAAGUUUAUCAGGUUCUGAAAUAGUACAGUUAUUAAGGCAACUUUAUGUUAGAGACUAUUUUGUAAUAUAGUGAAUGGUACCUUUAUAAGAAAAGUGACUGCCAAUAUAUUUUUAUAGCUAAUCUUUAUAAAUUUUAAUGUUUUUAAUGAUUAUUUUAAAUGUUUAUAUAGUUUAGUAAAAAAGAUUUUGCAUCUCAAAGUAUCACUUUUAUAUAUGGGAAGUAAAGUUUUCAAAUUAGCUAAUAUUUGAAUUGUAUGUUUUAUAUGGAGUUUACCUAAAGCUUGAAAUGCUGUCAGUAUACCAGUGUUUAACCUCUGUACUUUAAUUUGUAUACACUUUGAAAUUGUACUGCAGAACAAUUGUGUGCUUCAUAUAUAAUAAGUUUCAUAUUGUCUAUGAAAUUAAAGAACAUUGAUAAAAGUUUGCUGAAUACAGUAUAAAAUACAGUGCUUGCUAUAUGAAUGACAAGCUUGCUGACAGCCAUUCUGUUAAUUACAUUAACUAGUGUUCUAGUUUUAAAGUGAGGACAAAUUUGCAAA